ACAAACGAUCUAACCCAUAGCAAUAUGCUUUAUAUCAAGCACGACAUAACGUGUCUUUGUCUAAUCACGUGGUCGAUGCAUGUUGAAUCACGUGUAGGUAUUCUUUUAAGCGCCGAACAACACAGCAUACAGCCCCUAAUUCCUUACAACGCCGAGUUUCCGAACAUAAGGACAUCUUCCCUUCCAAACCUGAAAGCCCAAAAUGUCAUUUCUAAUCUCCAUCCUCCCCUGCCUCUUCGGUGACGCCGCCGAUACAGCAAGCCUGACAACAACCACUGACCAUGCCGCGUCCAACAUCAUCACUGCCAUCCUAACAUCCCCUACAACCAUCGAGCUCCACAAAAGCGUCAACGAACAAGUCACCGCAACCGGCUGGACCGAUUCCCUUGUCGAAGCCAUUCUCCGAGGCUUAACGGCUGCCGUUGAAGCUGGCGCGGCCUUGGCUCGUCCCGCUGCUGACGCCUUGAAAAAGGCCACCGAUGCAGCUAUCGAUUUUAAAAAGGAGCACCCUGUUUACGCAACCUUGAUUGCGCUGGGGAUCCUGUUCGUCUUGCUGCCGUGGGUGUUGGAGGUGCUGGGAUUUACAGAGUCGGGUGUCGCUGUGGGUUCAUGGGCGGCGAGGUGGCAGCAUACCUAUGAGGGAUAUGUGCCUAAGGGGGCGUUGUUUGGAUACUUUCAGAGGAUGGGGGCGAAGUGGCAUUGGUUUUAAUAGGACAUUGGGGCCAUUGUUGACGCGUGGAAGAUUAUUGAUAAAUAUGGUAGCUUGUUUAUGAUGAGGAAUCAGGGGAAAUAAGAUCAUCCAUUCAUAUCUUCACCAAUCUGUCAGUAUACUGAUACACCGUACAGUACUAUAUAGUCCUUCGGCUUCUAAUUCAGGACUGUGGUAGCCAGUCGGGACACAUGAUGGAGGAUAAUAAUGGAUUGAAAUACAGACAGGGCAUCAUUAUUGCUGCUCUUUUUGAACAUCGAGCUGUUGGCUUUUCAAGUGCCUGUCUACUAUGCCAAACAAA